AAAAUGUACAAUGAUGAUGAAGACGAUGUUCCUCAAGGACCGCCAGCAGCUAAACAAGCCAAACCAAUGCAUAAUAUCCAGAUGGCGUUCAUGCAAUCUCAGCUGGCUCAACGAAAAGCAGCGUUGCAGCAACAAGCAGCGAGACAAAAACUAGUGAAAUCAUCGGCACCACCUCCAGUCAUCGAUCUUUCGACUCGAAAUCGAACGAUUACAACUGCAGUAACAUCGAAAUCCUUCCAACCUAUUCGUGCAAAUCCAGUUUCCGACAAUAUCAGUUUUCUUCCAAAAGCUGCCACCGAUGAAAGUGUUAUGCUAUUCGGAGAAGAGCAUGUCAAAUGUGAAUAUUAUCCAAUGACACCCAAUAACUAUGAAGUCGUUGCAAAAGAGAUAAAUGACAGGAAACAACGAGAAAAAACUGCUAGAGAAGUGGCGAAACGGUUACAACGUGAACAUGAAGAAGAAGAUAAAAAACGAUCGAAAGGAGCUGCUAUUGCUCCACCGACAAUGCUCAUGGAACCCGAACCGGAAGUGAUUAAAAAUACAAAUGAAAACCAGGAUGAGAAGCCACAUUCUUCAUUUAUGCCACCACCUUCAUUUCUUCCUGCUUUUGGUAAAGCUACGAGCAGAGGACUCGGAAUUGCUGCAAAUAUUAUGAAAAGACAUGGAUAUAAGGAAGGUGCAGGACUUGGAAAAUCCGAACAAGGAAUGAGUACUGCUUUAUCAAUUGAGAAAACUGGAGUUCGUGGUGGAAAUAUUGUUGCUGAAGCUCCAAAGGCUCCGACGUUCGCCACUAAUUCGAUGGAAGCAGUACAAAAUGCAACGAAGAUUCUUCAAUUAUGGAAUCUGACGGAUUUAUCGGAAGUUUCGGGUGAAGAAGGCAAAAAAGAAUUUGCUGAUGAGAUAAAAGAAGAAAUGGAAAAAUGUGGACAAGUUGUGAAUGUGAUUGUUCAUGUGGAUGAGUCUCAAGAAGAGGAUCGCCAAGUUCGGGUGUUUGUUGAAUUCACCAACAAUGCUCAAGCUAUCAAAGCCUUCGUUAUGAUGAAUGGAAGAUUCUUUGGCGGAAGAUCCGUAUCGGCUGGUUUCCAAAACGUUUCCGACUAUAACAAUCGGGAAUUUUGAUCUCUCUUGGCCAAGCUUGGACUUUUUAAAAUUCAGUAUUUGAUUGCCAAAUUUAAUUAUCAACUUUGUUUAACAGUUUAUAAAAUAUUUUCGUUU